UUCGAAUCGAAACAUUUAAAAUUUUAAAAAUUAUAAUGUUUAUGGAACAUUUGAAACAAAAAUUCGUUUAGACUUUUCCCUAUAUUCCCCCCCCCCUUCCUUGCCACUUUGAAAUUAAAACAUCAAAAACAAUGCCGAAAACGGAAUUCGAAAUCACAGUCAUUCAAUUGCAACGCGAAGUCUCGUCCAAAAAAGCAGAAAUUAGUCGAAUCCUGUCCAUCAUUCGUUCGGACCUCGAGGCUCUAACGUCGAAAGUUUCUUUGAGGGAAGAAAUUCGAAGGUUUUUUUUCGAAACCGGUGGUUACCCUAUUCCGUAUACGAACCCGGAUUCUUCCACCAUAAUUAGUUGCACUACGAGUGGCAAGCGCAAGCUGGAAAAUAACGAUGACGAUAGUGACCAGAUCCCUAAAAAUGAGACAGCUAAAGCUAGUGUAGUAGAAAAUAUCCCGAGCGAUCAUGGUGACCUGAUCUCUAGAGAUGAAAGAGAUAACUCUAGUGAAGAAGUAAUCGCGAGCCAUAUUAAGCUACCCCCUACCCCUCCGGAAUCUCACGAAAGCGAGCUUGGAGAAAAGGAUCGAGAUCAACUCCAAGAAGAUACUGGCGCCACAGAUAUUAAGAAUAGUUUGAAGGACGACGGGGUUGAAGGAGGAAUUCAGGUUGACCAGUUGGAUAAGCAGUCCAUAUAUUCCCUCACGGGAGUAAGAUUACUUUCUCUGGAACGUUGGGCUAGGCAAAUUCUGUUCUCGGUUCACGUUUUUGACAAUUUAUCCAAUUUGGCCGGCAUUUACCUCUCGUCAAUUAAGGGCAAAGAAGUAAGCGAUGUCGUCUACCAAAUAAAUCCUCCUGCCAUUUCUAGCGGUGUAGUGGAGAAAUCUUGUAUAAAUGUGGAAUGCGUGCAAAUGCUCGAAACCAUUCAGAAGGACAUCGAGGAAUGCAAAAUACUCAGAAAAUCGCUGAUAAAGGAGUUCAAAGACGAAUUUAACGCCAUUUUAAAUUUGCGACGCGAUGCCAUCCUGACCCCCGAAACGCGAAAUUGGAACCGGUUUGAGAUACCGAGUGGCGGGGAGGCAUUCAACAGUUUAAGCGUUCAUAACAAACGCAUACGUAUAGUGUAAAAAAAGAGAUUUUUUAAAAUAUAUUAAUUUUCUUAUUUUAUUAAAACAAAAUUACUUUUUUUUAUGUAAAAAAAAAUGUUUUUAUUAUAUUUAACCCUAAAUUAAAUUGAUUGAAUUAGAAACAAAUUCAUAUUUAUAAAAACGGGUUAAUCUUCACAUACAAUUUUUGAGAUAUAUUUUAGCUUCAUUUAAUUCCACCAGUGAUAUUUAUAAAAUAUUAUAUUUAUAAUAACCCCAUCCCUU